AUGGCAGGGAUUGCAAAGCUAUUGCAGAAAACUCAAGAAUAUGUAAAAACCAAGGAGUUCCGGGAUUACAUAACCAGCACCCACUUCUGGGGUCCUGUGGCCAACUGGGGCCUUCCACUGGCCGCCUUCAGGGAUACAAGGGCGCCUCCCGACAUCAUCAGCGGCCGCAUGACGACGGCGCUGGUCUUGUACUCCAUGGCUUUCAUGCGCUUUGCCUACCGAGUCCAGCCUCGAAAUUACCUGCUGAUGGCAUGCCAUUUCACCAACGUGGUGGCGCAGAGCAUUCAGGGCUGCCGCUACAUGAAGCACUACUGGUUUGGUGGGGCCAAGGCCAGCAAACCUUUGGCCAAAUGA